UCGGGGUGACUUCAACGUUAAAGUAGAUCACUAACCAGCAAGUCCUCAGCAACACUUCUUCAGCUCCACAGUGCCCUAACUAACAAUUUUCAAGAUGAGAUUUCAGGCAGCAUUAGUUUGCGUAAUUGGAUUCGUGUUGAUGGUCACGGCUGAAAAGGACAGCAAAACGGAAACUAAGGAUAUAGAAGUUGACGACGUCACAAGAGAUAAACGUGGAUUCGCAAGUGGAGGAGGUGGAUAUGGGGGCGGUGGUAGCGGAGGAUAUGGUGGAGGUGCCGGUGGAGGAGCAGGUGGAUAUGGGGUAGGUUAUGGCGGAGCUGCAGCCAUCGCUCAACAGGCCGCAAAUGUGGCAAAAGCAGCCCAAAACGCCCAAGCCGGAGCUGCCGCUCAGGCCGCCCAGCAAGCGCAAGCAUCCCUCGCAGCCCAAGCUGUUCAAGCUGCCCAACAAGCCCAAGCCGUAGUUGCAGCCAAGCAAGCCCAGGCUGCUCAAAUUUCACAGGCCGCCCAAGCUGCCCAAGCCGCCGCAUUCGCUGAAUCUGCCCAGGCUGCUCAAGCUGCCCAGGCCGUUCAAGCUGCCGAAGCCACCAAGGUCCAGGCUUUGCAACAGGCUCAAGCUUUGGCAGCUGCCGCCAAGGCCGCUCAAUCCCAUGCUGCCCAGGCUGUCGCUUCUCUUCAAGCAGCCCAAGCUCAGCAAGCCACUCAAGCUCAGAUGGCUUACCAAGCCCAAGCGAACGCCCAGGCUUUGGCUUACAAGCAACAGGCUUCACUAGCUGAUCUUGCCGCUGCCCAGCAAGCGGCCAACAAGGCCUAUUCUGCCGCCCAGGCCGCUCAAGCUACAGCUGUCGGUGGUGGUGGUUCCUACGGCGGAUUCGGCGGUGGAUAUGGUGGUGGCCAUGGAGGAUGCCCGGCUUGUUAAACUUUCGCUGGAACAGGAUUUAAAAAAAAAAUUUUAAUUACAGAGUCGCAAUUGAUAGCAUAAUAUUAAUUAUAUACUACUUUACCUAUCUAAGAUGACAUUUCUUUGCCUACAAGUUAAUAUUUGAAUGUACUUAUUUGCUAGACGAAUUCGUUAACAUUCGAUUAAAUACAAAUGGCUGAAUUAUCA